AUGUAUGAGUGUUUCUUACCAGAAUACUAUCUUCUCGACAUCAUGCUGCUGCAAACCAAUGAAUUGAGCGCAUACGAAGGGUACCUCAUAGAGAUAAAUUGGUAUGGAAAGGGUAGUCAGGUUCCGACAAGGACAUGGUCUACUGCUCGAGGGAAAGAGAGAUAA